GUAGACCUCAAGAAAUGUUACUGCCCGCUUGCUUUUCCCGACCCAUCUCCUCCCUUCGAUCGCUGCAUUGGAGAUGGAGAGGUUUCGCCACGAGAAGAGACAGAAACAAUAACAGACUGUCAAGCCGCCUGCUGGAUGUGUUCCUGCGCACGUGGGACUUGGGCUUCACCAGCUUCGGUGGACCUCCGGUACAUUUUCGCAUUCUGCACGAGAGAUUUGUGCAGGGAAAGGGGGGGAAGGAGAAAUGGGUAGAUGAACAGACCUACCAGGAGCUCUUCGCCCUAUGCCAGGGCUUGCCUGGCCCAGCCAGCACGAAGAUGCUCUUCUGCCUCACUUUGCUACAUGCUGGAUUCAUUCCAGCACUACUAGCCUUCUUACUUUGGAGUAUGCCGGGAGCAAUUGGCAUGUAUUCUCUCGCCAUCGGGGUCCAGAAGAUCGGCGAUACCCUUCCUUCAAUGGUCUAUGCGCUUCUAUCGGGGUUGAACUCCUCAACUGUGGGCAUCAUCGCCCUUGCCGCGGUGCAACUAGCUGAGAAGGCAAUUUAUGAUAAGCUGACCCGUAUCUUGGUGAUAUUCGGGGCCUGUGCAGGACUGUGCUACAACGCCCUGUGGUACUUCCCACUAUUACUAGUUAUCGGCGGCGCGGUGACAGUUCUCUGGAACGGAUGGAUGAGCCAACGCAUCCGGAAGAUGGAGCUGGCGUGGAAGAGAAGACACAGCUCACAACCUGCCACUGACACAGAAUUAUCAACCAUACAGAGCAUCCCGAUGGAAGAAGGACAAACUGUCGCCCUCGACAAUACGACCUCUUCUCAAAACAACCUAAUCCGGCCCCGAAACGUCGCUCCUAGAACCGGCUCCCUCCCCCAAACCUCAGCAGAUUCCCCCAACAACAACAUAGAACCACACCACCAAGAAACCCACACCGUCCCCCUUUUAACAGGAAUCCUCCUCACAAUCUUCGUCUUCGCAAUCCUAACCACCCUCCUCCUAACCAAAUCCCUAACCCUCCCCCCACCCCUCCCCCUCUCCCUCCUCACAAACAUGUACCUAGCAGGCACAAUAAUCUUCGGCGGCGGCCCCGUGGUAAUCCCCCUUCUCCGCACCUCCGUCGAAACAUGGGUCCAAAGCCGCGAUUUCCUCCUCGGCCUAGCCCUAAUCCAAGCCUUCCCCGGCCCGAACUUCAACUUCGCAAUCUUCCUCUCCACUCUCGCGGUUCAGGGAUCCGCGUACCCGAGUAUCCUCGGCGCGGUACUCGGUGGAGUGGGGAUAUUUUUCCCCGGUCUAGCACUGGCGGUGUCGGUGCAGAGUUUCUGGGGCGUGUUGAGGAGGAGGAAAUGGUUUGUGGAUUUUUUGAGGGGGGUUAAUGCUACGGCUGUGGGCUUGGUGUUUACGGCUGUUUACAGGCUUUGGGAGAUUGGGUUUUUGACGGAGGAGAUGAGUAGCGGGGGUAGUUUGGGGAAGAAGCCGUGGUGGGUUGUUGUUGCGACUGUUAGUUAUGCGGGGGGGAGGUGGUUUGAGCUGCCUGCUGUUGGGGCGAUUGUUUGUGGUGGAUUGCUGGGGCUGGCUUGGUUUGGGGUUGUGCGGUGAUUUAGGUAGGGAGAUAGUGGUCGUUUUGGCGGUUCUAUCUCGUUCUUCGUGGUGUGUGUUUAUUGCUGAGGGGUGAGGUUGGGAGGUGGAGCUGGGGUUUGAGUAUCUG